CAUGCGCGUCAGACCCCUCACCUCACGCGCAAAAUUGGCCGCAGCUCGUGUCUUCGCUGUACCCGAGCUGCGCUUCUCCAUCUGCCGUUCCACCGAAGACGCCCGCGAUCUAUACAGUCUCGCACUCGUCUCGCGUGACUGGGAAGCAGUCGCUAGCCAAGUGCUCUGGGAAGGUCCUAUAAGUCUACUUCCUCUUCUAGUCCGUUUUCCAAGAGAUGCUUGGGAAUUCGAUGACUCUAUCAAGCAUACGAAGCGGCACUCCCCGUACAACUGGCAUGCCAUGCAAGCUUUCAGGUUCACGCGGCCGCUCACUGCCGCGGAUUGGGAGCCCGUACUUGCUCGUGCGCGUACGGUCAAGGAGGUCACUCUCGCACCCUUCAAGGGGCCUGUCAUGAAAGCGCUGUACGCAUGCCCACCUCCUCGCACCCUCUUCCCCAACCUGCGCCAUGUCAAAAUCGCGGACAUCGACCCUCCCUUACCUCCCACCUUCCUCGAUGCUAUACUGCCGAGCGAUCUCGCAGAGUAUGAGACGUUCGACUUCGGCGAGGUCACUCUCCCUAGCAGCACGCGCUGGCCAUAUCUUCGCGCGCUCCUUCUGCAGAACUUCAUGGAUAGCAUGGCACCCCCAGCGGUGGCGCGCACAAUCGCUAUAGUCGAGUCUGCGCCGGAUCUCGAACGCGUUCAGCUCUCCGUAGGACCUCACCCUAACUUGGUGGUUGCGCUGGCUUCCCUUAGCAACCUACGCUGCGUACAUCUGGACAAACUCACCUCGGAGAGCGUGCCAUCGCCUAUGCCCGCAGGCGCCCUCCCCUCGCUUACGAGUUUGUGGAUAGGUGGUCCAGGGUGCAUAGCCUUCAUGCUCUCCGUCCUGGAUGCAUCCACAUUACUGCGCAGUGUAGAGGAUAUCGCUCUGUGGUCUUCACCUACCGAAGCUCUUGAACUACCGCCCCUCAUUCGUGCGAUAGCGACGCACUGCAAUCCGACUGUCCUGCGGUGUCUCCGACUCAGCGUGUCAGGCCGUAGCUCCUUGGAGGACGAAGAAGAGCCAUUGCCUGAUGAUACGCUUCACUGCAGUGACCUUGCCCCGUUAUCCGUCUUCACCAAUCUCCGCAAUGUCGAGAUCGAGACGUCGCAGGGACCCGUCCUCAGUGACAGCGAUUGGACAACCAUCGCAGGAUGGUGGCCCAGGAUCCAGUCGUUGGAGCUCUACCGCCCCGGCCGCUACCGCCACGACGACGACGUGCCGCCUUGUACGCUACGUGCGCUCUCCGACAUCGCGCGGCUCUGCCCCGAGCUCGAUCGCCUCGUCGCCGCCUUCGACGCCCGGACCGUUCCCGAUGACGUGGACGUCCAACAAACCAAGCUCAGCUGGUUCGACGUUGUCGACUCGCCCAUCGCAAGCCCGCCGGCGGUCGCGCGCAUCAUCGGCGCACUCUUCCCCGAGCUGCAGUACCUGACGUACGACGAUGGGUACGUCCCUCCGGAUAUGGACUCCGAUAGUGAGGAAGAUGUUCCUAUGCCAGACCCGGAGGCGGAUGAUACGCCCGAGGCGCGGCGCCGGGCUGCAUGGGCUAUUGUACGGGAGAUGCUGGAAGUCAAGUCAGAGCCUCACACUUCGGACUACGAGGCAUAAAGACCCAAACAUACUUGGAAAAACAAUGUGCUUUAUCUGUGCUUCGAUGUUCAAUGUGAAUACCAUCACACCCUCAAGUACAUAGCAGCUGAGGCGCAACCUAAGCUUCCAAGCACUCGAUGCGUGCUCGCUCGGCUACCCAUACACAUUUAUUCUAAUAAAUAGCGCGAUAAAUAAGCGUUACGAUCCGUCAAAGUCGAUCAACUGAGGAGGCUCAGAGCGACCGAUGCUGCCAGCGACCCUUGUUGUGCACCGCACGCUUCCGCGCAGCGACGAUGGCACCAUUCCGGCAGACCAUCCCGCCUGGGACCGCACCCAUCGACUGCCAGUAACCUGAACCGCACAUCGACCAGCUCUUCUCGCUGUCACAGCGGACCUCGCC